ACCGACCCUAUUCCUAACCGUGAGAAUAAGUUCCCCCACUACCCACACACAUGGCGUAAAGCUCAACUACACACCGGCCGCUCUGCUACCAUCUCUCUCUCUCCUCGAUCUUCACAGAAAGCCUUCAGCUUUCAUUGUCGCAGACCCUGAAAAUGUCUGGUGGGUUCUUCAGGGGUACGUCCGCCGAUCAGGACACUAGGUUUUCCAAUAAGCAAGCCAAGCUACUAAAAUCUCAGAAAUUUGCGCCUGAAUUGGAACAUUUGGUCGAUAUGUCGAAGGUGAGUAUGGAUGUUAUGCGCCCGUGGAUUGCUAAUCGGGCAACGGAGCUUCUUGGGUUCGAAGAUGAAGUUCUUAUCAACUUUAUUUAUGGUCUUUUGGAAGGAAAGGUGAAUGGGAAGGAAAUUCAAAUAUCACUUACCGGAUUUAUGGAGAAAAAUACUGUGAAGUUUAUGAAAGAGCUUUGGACGCUGCUUAUCAGUGCACAAAACAAUGCUAGUGGUGUACCUCAACAAUUUUUGGAUGCCAAACAAGAAGAAGCACGGAAAAAGAAGGAGGAGGCAGACAGGUUUGCAAACGAAAUUCAGAAAAAGAAAGAGAAGGAGAGGAUAGAUCAACAAGAGAUGUUGAAGAUGGAAGGAGGGGCUGGUAAGAAAGCUAACAAUGCUGCAUUGGAGCCAAACACAAAGCAUAUGUCACCAAGGGAUUCAAAUGAUCGUUAUGAGGAUGAAAGAGGAGCUGAAAAGAGGAAUGGUGUGAAGGCAAGGAACAAGGUUUCCAGAUCUCCAAAUUCAGAAAAUUCAUCUUUGUCUCCUCGUGAAAGACACCGAUCACAAAGUAUUUCCAAGUCGCCAAAAGCAUUGAGACGAUCCAUUUCUUCUGAAAGUGAUCGCUCUCCACCAAGACGGCCUAUUACAACUGUUCGGAGGCAUUCACCUGAGGGAUCAAUCUCCCCGAGAAGAAGAUCACCUUAUUCCAGGCAAAGAUCUAGAUCAAAUUCCCAACAAAGAUCACCCUCUCCAUAUCGGCGUAGAGUACGUUCUCCAUAUUGGCGUAGACCCUCACCUGUGCGGCGCCGCAGAUCACCCUCACCUGUCCGGCGCCACAGAUCACCCUCACCAGUCAGGCGCCGCAGAUCACCCUCCCCUGUGCGGCGUCGCAGAUCACCCUCCCCUGUGCGGCACCACAGAUCACCCUCCCCUGUCCGGCGCCGCAGAUCACCCUCCCCUGUCCGGCGCCGCAGAUCACCCUCCCCUGUCCGUCGCCGCAGAUCACCCUCGCCUGUCCGGCGUCCCAGAUCACCCUCGCCUGUCCGGCAUCGCAGGUCACCCUCACCUGUGCGACGUCGCAGGUCACGCUCUCCUUUGCGACGUCGCAGGUCGCCCUCUCCUUUGCGACGUUGCAGAUCUCGCUCACCUGUGCGUCGCAGAUCACCCUCACCUGUACGACGGUCUUAUCGAAGAUCCCCAUUGAAUACACGGGAUAGGUAUGUGUCUCCCUUGCAGCAUAGGUCACCAGUUCGUAGCAGGGGGUCACCAACUCCUCUGCAUAGGUCUCCGUCUCUGCAUGAUCGAAGUUCAUCUCCUAUUCAGCAUGAUUCCCCUUCGCCAAUCAGGAGAACAUCAAAGCUUCGAAGAUCUCCCUCACAAUCUCCUCAAGAAAGAACCAGUGUUUACAGAUCCCUUGAAAAAACUUCUCCCGUGCCACACCGGUCUAGCUCGCAUGGGUCAUUGCAGAGGGAAUUAAAGAAUGGGAAUGAUUCGCGUAAAAGAGCAACAGAUUUCUUGCCAUCACCAGAGAGGUCUUGCAUACUCUCAGAAUCUCAACCAGGCGUAAGAAAUUCUAGUGAAGAAAGGAGAAGAAGUUUGUCUAGCCCAGAUGAGAGUCCAGUUAGACGACCAAGGGAGCAAAUGACUCGGAAUGUUAGCUCAAGUCCUCCAAGGAAACUAAGAGAACAACUUCGUCGUGGAAGUCCUGACACAAGUGAAGACAAGCCGAUAGUUUCUCCUGCUAAGGUUCGUAACAAGGAAGAGUACUCUAAGAAUCGCCUGGGUAAUAAGGACUUCAGAAACAAAGAGCAGGAGAUGAAGAGUGGGAAAUCUUCUGGGAGGGGGGUUCCUGAAAGUCCUGAUCAACAACAUUCCCCGACCAUAUAUAAGGACUCUCUACAUGGUGAGAUGCAAAAUCCCAAUGAUGGUAGAAAAUCUGAUGAAAAGAACCGCUCUCAUUCAAAAAAUUCCAAGGACAGUGAUCGGCAUCGCAAACUUGGAUCCGUGCACUCAUCAGUUGAAAAGGUUGAUCCUAGUAAUCGAAGUGGUACUGUUGAUUCUGGUUCCGAGGAAAGUGGAAAACGCAGAGGUGGGGAUAAGGGAAAAAGAAAGAAUAAGAGAUCAGAGAGGCAAGAAGUUACUUCAGAGGAUGAUUACAGCAAUGAUUCUGAAAUAGAUGAGAGGAAGGAUACUAAAAGGAGAAGGAAAGAGGAAAAGAGAUCGAGGAAGGAGAAGAAGCGCCGAAGACGCGAGGAGAGACGUCGCAGAAAAGAAGAACGUCGUGCAGAGAAGCUGAAAGGGAAGAAUUACAGUGGUGCUUCUGCUUCAGAUGGUGAACAUGUAGGCAGGAGGGAGCUUCAUUCAAGUGACAAUGAAGAGACGGAGGCUGUUCAGAAGAAACUUGAGAUUGAGUUACGCAAGAAGGCUCUCGAAUCACUUAAAGCAAAAAAGGGCAUUAGUCACUAAAUUUGUUUCUGUGUUUGGACACUGUGAUGUUUAAUCUUUUUAAUUAUAUUAAGAAAUAACAUUUCAGAUUUGGUAGGAGUAUAAUUUGUUUGAAUGUGAGUAUUUCUAUGUUUUGAUUACUGUUUAAUGUAAUCUGUGUUUACUGCUGGCAGCUUAAGUCGAUAAAUGAGGAUUUCCUGAGCAAUUCUCUUGAGUUCAACUUUAUGCAGACCUUGCUGCUAGAUUUUCUGAUGAAAUUUGUGUCAACUAGGUAUGAACUACUUGAGCAGAUCAUGUGCAGAUUCACAUUUUGACCAUUGAUUCAGGUUGGCAGCUUGAGAGUUGUUCCUGGGACUAAUUUAUCUAAAAUAGUCCGACGGUGCUGUGGUCUGGAUUUGUCCGGUCCUGAUGUUGAUACCAGCUAUAAGGUUGAUUGGGAUGGUAGUCACAUUUAAUUUUGAUAGGAAAACUUGUUGCUUGGAUAAUACUCUUCUGUCGUUGGGCAGUACCGUUGAAAAAUUGUGAUUUUAAUCGUUCAUUUAGACAUAUGGUAUGUGAAUCUUUGGCUGCA